AUGUCCGACAACAAACCCCCUUCCAGACGUAACAUACCAGGAGCCGUAAACCGACUGGGGGCGCUUCCAGGGAAGGCUUGCACGUUUUCAGAAGAUCUACCCGAGGAAACCACGUUCCAACCAAGGCUCACGGACAGAAUGAUUGGCUCAUCUGCCACGAAUUGGCGACGGACGGAAGGCCCUCCACAUGUCCAGAAUCUCUCUCCACAACCUCUCAAUCAAACCGAACCAACAACCCCUCCUCAGAUGCCAUCGCAGGCUGACAUUGCCAGCCUGAUAGCAGAAAUGAGACUUCAGCGUGAAGAGGAGCGCGCCAGACACCACGAAGUGAUGAAUCGCAGGGCAGAUCAGGAUGCAAGGAUCAGACAACGGUCGUUACUCAAUGAGGCUACUAAACUCUCGGCUAUAGCUUCAGCGGCGGUUAAGAAAAUCCACCCCGAUUGCAUCCUGAAGAUCGAUGGAUCAAACAUCACCGAGUGGGAAGCUGCCCUGGCCGUCGUCGCUUUUGAGCGCUUUCAAUACCAACACUUCUACACGCCCACUGAAGGCUAUGUUGCCGACCCGCAUCACGAGCAGAUUGCCCGUGAAAUCAUACACUCCUCAGUGCACUGCGACUUGGCCUACGACCUUUUGGACCUCAACAACUCAGCUGAAGUCGUCCAGCACUUGACUAGCAAGUUUCGUGUGAUCAACAGAGCGAAGCAACUCCAAGCGUGGGAGACCCUCAAGAAAAUCAAUCUUACCGACUACAGCAGUUUGGCCAAGGCAAUCGCAGCAUUUGACAGAUGCGCGAAAACGUUCAUCGAGCAGCGUGUGGAGUUCACGUGGGACACCGUUAUGGGAUUCAUCAUGCAAUCGAAUCUCAACACCAAUCUUUGCCCUGUCCUGGAUUGCAAAGUAGACCUCUUCAUGGAGACCCAUGAAUCUGAAAAUCCAAUCUCCAACGACAUCCUCCGGUUUUGGGAUGCAGCCCGCUCUGAACAACGACUAGCGGAAGAAACAGGACGUGCGGAGUCGUCUGCUUUAAAAGUCUCACUAGCUAGCCAAACAGACUCUAGCUUUUCAGGACCCGUUUCAGGAAGCGUUUCAGGAAACGUCUCAGGUUCAAUUGAAGACUCAAAGAUCACUGCUAUGGCAGUACAGAAGCCUCCGGAUUGCUACAUAUGCAAGCAAGUUGGACACAUCGCUCCACAUUGCCCAACCAGCCGCAAGAAUACACAAGCUCAACCCGCAUUCCCUACAUCAAACCAUCCCAACCAGAAGUUUGACAAAAUCCUUCUUCCCGACCCACUGGAGUAUCGCACCCCAGGACCGGAAGAGGAAGAAGUCAAAUACACUUUUGAGAAUGAAGACCUGUCAGCCGAACCCACUGGCCAUCGUUUCAAUCUCCGGGAAAUGACCGUAGACCGCAACGGUCAAGAAGUCAUCUGGGACACCGGUGCCUCAGAUAAUGUCACUGGGGACAGGUACGCACUGUUUGACUUCACAUUGCUAGAACAACCGAUUGCUGUCAAGGUUGCCACUGACUUGGCGUGUGAUUUCAUCACAGGUACGGGUACUUUGAGAUUUGCCGGGAUGAACAAAAUGACUAUCGCUGUUAAGAAGGUCUAUUACUAUGAGCGAGCAAGGUCCACUCUACUUUCCAUUGCUGCGUUCAAGAAAUCAAAUGCUCAGUUCAAAACCGACAGCAAAUUGAAAAUACUACAAUCUGACAACGGUGGUGAAUUUGACUCAAAAGUCCUUGGGGAUUUCCUCAGUAAGAAAGGUGUCGUGGCUGAACGGUCCUUGCCAUAUCACCAUUUCCAAAAUGGAGCAGCGGAGUGCUACAACCGUACGGUCUCCGACAUGGGACAAAGCAUUCUCUACGACAGUGAAUUGGGACAGAAGACUCCGUAUGAAUGUUUCUUCGGAGACAAACCUCAGCUUGAUAGAACACGGGUUUUUGGGUCCAGAGCCUACGUCCUUGUGGCACCGGAGAAACGAAAGAAAUUGGACGGCCGAGCAGUUGAAGGGCUAGCUGUAGGACACCUGGCGGAGUCGAAAGGCUGGACGUUCUGGCUCCCUGCAACCAAGAAGCUGGUAUCCUCCGCUUGGGCGGAAUUUGGACGCAACGCUCUACCGUCGACCGCGGUCGUGGAGACUUCUGGAGACUUGAAGAAGGCUGAAAUGCUACCAUUGAUCACCAAACCCGCGGCAGAAUCAAGACAUCUGGAGCUGGGUGACUUCACCGAAGAGCGUCGAGUUGAACUCCAAGAAGAGGCAGUUGAUGCGGUAUUAAAGGAUUGUCACGAUGAGUCCAACGAGAUCCCGUCGUCUUUCAAAGAAGCUAUGUGA